CACGCAUGCGCGUGGUUUUAAUGUCGGAUGACUGUUCAACGCAUGUUAUUGCGAUAGCUGGCUGGUUUAAUAACGUCAGUUACCAUGAAAAGCAGAUUUAAUACAGUGGAUAUAAGGGCUGUCAUCGCCGAGAUCAAUGCCAACUUCCUUGGUAUGAGAGUGAACAACAUCUAUGACAUCGACAAUAAGACUUAUUUAAUCCGUCUGCAAAAGCCUGACUCCAAGGCUGUGCUGUUGCUGGAGUCUGGAAUACGCAUUCACUCAACAGAGUUUGAAUGGCCCAAAAAUAUGAUGCCCUCUGGCUUUGCCAUGAAAUGCCGAAAACACCUGAAGUCCCGGCGGAUGGUGAUGGUGAGACAGCUGGGAGUGGACAGGAUCGUGGACCUCCAGUUUGGCUCAGACGAAGCUGCCUACCACCUGAUAAUUGAGCUUUAUGACAGGGGAAACAUUGUCCUGACAGACCAUGAGUAUAUGAUCCUGAACCUGCUGCGUUUUCGCACGGCUGAAGCUGAGGAUGUGAAAAUCGCAGUUAGGGAGAGAUACCCUGUAGAGAGCGCCAGGGCCCCAGAGCCCCUUAUCAGCCUGGAAAGGCUCACUGAAAUCCUGUCUAGUGACACUAAAGGAGAGCAAGUGAAACGGAUCCUCAAUCCACACCUUCCAUAUGGGGCCACCCUGAUUGAGCACUGCCUGAUAGAGGUGGGCCUCUCUGGCUUUGUGAAAUUGGACAGCCAGUUUGACAUUGCUCAAGAUGCUCUGAAGGUUCUGGAAGCUCUUCAGAUGGCAGAAGAGUACAUGGAGAAAUCAGCAAACUUCAGUGGGAAAGGCUACAUUGUCCAGAAAUGUGAAAAGAAGCCAAGUUUAGCACCAGACAAGCCUCCAGAGGAUUUGCUUACGUAUGAGGAGUUCCACCCCUUUUUGUUUGCCCAACAUGCCAAGAGCCCCUAUGUGGAGUAUGAGUCGUUUGACAAGGCAGUGGAUGAGUUCUACUCGAAGAUGGAGAGCCAGAAGAUUGAUGUGAAGGCCCUUCAGCAGGAGAAGCAGGCUCUGAAGAAACUGGACAACGUGAGGAAGGACCAUAUGCAGCGACUGGAGUCAUUGCACCAAGCCCAGGAGGUGGAUAGGGUGAAGGGUGAGCUGGUGGAGAUGAACCUAGCCAUGGUGGACCGGGCGCUGCAGGUAGUGCAGAGUGCGCUGGCCAACCAGGUGGACUGGACAGAGAUUGGCCUGAUUGUGAAGGAGGCCCAGGCCGCCGGUGACCCUGUGGCGUGCGCCAUUAAGGAGCUGAAGCUGCAGACCAACCACAUCACCAUGCUACUGCGGAAUCCAUACAUUGGCUCGGAUGAGGAGGGAGAAGAGGAGGAGGAGGCGGAGGAGGAACCAAACGAGAGUGAGGGGCAGAAAGGGAAGAAGAAGAAGAACAAGAACAAAGUUCAAAAGACCAAAGUGCAGAAAAACAAACCCAUGCUGGUCGAGGUGGACCUCAGCCUGUCGGCCCAUGCCAAUGCAAAGAAAUACUAUGACCACAAGCGGAGCGCGGCGAAGAAGGAGCAGAAAACAGUGGAGGCCGCACAGAAGGCUUUUAAGUCUGCAGAGAAGAAGACCAAGCAAACGCUAAAAGAGGUUCAAACUGUGACAACCAUUCAGAAGGCCAGGAAAGUCUACUGGUUUGAGAAGUUUCUGUGGUUCAUCAGUUCUGAGAAUUACCUCAUCAUCGCAGGGCGGGACCAGCAGCAGAACGAGAUGAUCGUCAAACGAUACUUGAAGACAGGUGACAUCUACGUCCACGCCGACCUCCAUGGCGCCACCAGCUGCGUCAUCAAGAACCCGACAGGUCAGCCCAUUCCUCCGCGCACGCUGACGGAGGCGGGCACCAUGGCAGUGUGCUACAGUGCAGCCUGGGAUGCCAAGGUCAUCACCAGUGCCUGGUGGGUGCACCAUCACCAGGUGUCGAAGACAGCCCCCACUGGAGAGUACCUGACCACUGGUAGCUUCAUGAUCAGAGGGAAGAAGAACUUUCUGCCCCCCUCCUAUCUCAUGAUGGGAUUCGGCUUCCUCUUUAAGGUGGAUGAGCAGAGCCUGUGGAGACACCGAGACGAGAGGAAGGUGAAGACUGUGGAGGAGGACAUGGAGUCGGUGACCAGCAGCACUGCAGACCUGCUUAUCGAUGGCGAGGAGCUCAUCGGUGAUGACAGUAGCAACGAGGGAGAAGGUGACACUGAAGAGCAGGGAGAAGAAGACAAUGGGGUGAAGGAAGGAGAAGGGGUAGGAGAAGAACCCAUUACAGAAGAGUUGGAAGAGGAAGGGAAUGGGCAGGAUUCCAAUGAGCCGGAGAGUCUGCUGAAGGAAUCCAAGGAAGCAGAAGAUUCAGAGGGAGAGUCUGACCACCAGGAGGCGUCAGAGGGGGAGGAAGAGGAUGGAGAGGAGGAGGGGAACAAUGCAGAAGUGAAGGCUGAGGAGGAUGGGGAGGAGAUAAGUUUUCCUGACACCACCAUCUCCCUGUCCCACCUGCAAUCAUCCAGGGGCCUCCAGAGUGUAUCUUCUGGCUUCAAACAGCAGUCAUCCAAUCAGUCUGACGUGGAUUUGCAGGGGAGAAAACACCUGACGGCUAAGCAGCGAAGAGAUAUGAAAAAAAAGAAGAAACCGCAGGAUGGCAGUGACGACCAGGAACACACAGAGACCAAAGGCGAGGAGUCAGCUGCAGCCAAUCAGGACAAAAAGAAUGCUGCCAAAGGCGGAGACUCCCAGCAGCCUUUGAAGAGAGGCCAAAAGAACAAGAUGAAGAAAAUCAAGGACAAGUAUAAGGACCAGGAUGAAGAGGACAGGGAGUUGCGCAUGAAACUGCUGGGGUCUGCAGGAUCCAAUAAGGAAGAGAAGGUGAAAAAGGGCAAGAAGGGGAAGGUGAAAGGGGAACCAGUGGUCCGGAAAGUUCCCCAGAAACCAGCACACAAUCCCCGGCCACAGGGAGGUGCUGUGAAAAGACCAGAACCCCAGGCUGGAGAGGAGGAGAGUCCAGCAGCUGGGGAACAGGAACAAGACGAGAAGGAGGCUGAUGACCCGGAACAGGACAACCCUGGAGCAGAGGAGGGAGAGAGUUUGCUGGUCUCUCUAACAGGCCAGCCUCACUCGGAAGACGUUCUGCUCUUUGCUGUGCCUGUUUGCGGCCCUUACACUGCCCUCACCAACUACAAGCACAAAGUAAAGUUGACUCCAGGUACACAGAAGAAGGGAAAAGCGGCCCGAACGGCAGUGUUUAGCUUCAUGAAAUCCAAGGAGUCCACGGCCAGAGAGAAAGACCUUUUCCGCAGCGUUAAGGACACAGAUUUAUCGAGGAACAUCCCUGGCAAAGUAAAGGUAUCAGCACCCAAUCUGCUGGCGGCGAAGAAGAAAUGAGCGGCAAACCUGCCCCACAGACUUCUAAAUGUUAGAAAGCGGGAAAGGACAAAACACCACAAAACAAAUCCUUGGAUUUCUACCAAUUGCCAAUUUUGAAAAGAAAUCCCAAUUCACAGGAAAGACCAAGGUUGUAGUGACAUGAUGGGAGCUAAACUGUGCUCAAUUGAUCCAAAUGCCUUUAAUGUCCAAUAUGAGAUUGUACCUUGAAAUUGCUUCAUAGCAGACUAUUUAAACCUGAAGAUUACAAGAUGCUCCCCUCAUCAACUGGUUCUUUUUCCAGUUGAGCCUUCUCCACAAUUUCCCACUUAAGCAAAAUCUAAACUUAUUUUUACACUUGCAUCUUUUUGUAUAUAAUGAAUACACCCUAACCCCUUUUAAAAUCUUGUACAUUUUAUGUUCAAGAUUUUAAAAAUGGCAGGAGGAAAAGUACACCAAAUAGGACAAAGUUUGAAUAUCUGGAUGAAAAAUAAAAUGUACAACUGAA